GCUGAAGAUUGGAAGCAGGUCUCUCAUGUGACUACGCUUCAAUUGAAUAACAGCCAUCUCAACUCUGACUGGACUUAUUAAGUAAUGGGAUCAUACUCGAAUUUCAGGAACUUUAAUAACGAUUUAUCGUUGCCAGAAGUCACUGGUGAGAAGACAACAAUGGAUAUCCCAUUGGCUAGUCAAUCAUCUAUAUAUUCCUUAACCUUCGACGAGUUCCAAACCACUUUAGGUGGACUUGGAAAGGAUUUUGGGUCAAUGGGGUCAAUGAACAUGGACGAGCUGUUGAGAAACAUUUGGACAGCCGAAGAAACUCAAGUAUUUGCAUCUUCUGGAGUUAAUGGGGGUGGUGUAAAUGCUCCUAGUGGUGUAUUGCCUCUCCAGAAACAGGGUUCACUAACACUGCCUAGAACUCUCAGUACGAAAACUGUGGAUGAUGUUUGGAAAGACCUGUUUAAAGAAAGCACAGAUCCAGGAUGUUCAAAUGGUGGUGGAUCGAAGUUGGAACAGAGACAGGUGACUCUGGGUGAGAUGACUUUGGAAGACUUCUUGCAGAGAGCUGGUGUUGUAAGAGAAGACAACACUAACAUCAACAACAACAACAACAACAACAACAACAACAACAAUGGUUUUUAUGCUGGAUUGCCCCAACAAACCAAUAACAAUGUCGGUUUAUCUCUAAAUUUUCAGCUACCACCAAAUCAGAAUAGUUUAGCAAUGUAUGAUCAGAUGAAUGAAAAUGUUAUUAGUUCAUCAACAACUAAGAUAACUCCUAUCUUGCCAUUUAGUAUAGCUAACAGUACUCGAUCGACACAACCAAUCUUUCCAAAGCAAACAACAAACAUGGCUUUUGCCUCCCCUGUAGUUACUAACCACGAAGCGAGAGGUCCUCCUCCUGUAGUUGGAAGGAUCAAUAAUCCCAUCUUGAAUAAUAGUUUAGUUACUGGGAUCACAAGGGUUAACGCAGUUGAUUCCCCUCGGAGUCUGAACCAAUUGAGCCCGGAUGUAAAGAGUGGUUUGGAUACUCCAUCAUAUUCCCCACCUUCUUUCGCCUUCAAUGGCGGCACAGUAAGAUCAAGAAAAUGUGGUGCUAAUAUGGAGAAGGCAAUGGAGAGAAGGCAUAAGAGGAUGAUAAAGAACAGAGAGUCUGCUGCUAGAUCACGCGAACGAAAGCAGGCAUAUACAUUGGAACUGGAAGCGGAAAUUGCGAAACUUAAAGAGAUAAACCAACAGUUGCAGAAAGAACAGGAAGAGAUAAUGGAAGCGCAGAAGAAUAAGUUACUGGAAUCGGUGAAGACGCCAUGGACGAGUAAACGAGUGUGUUUGAGGAGGACAUUGACGGGUCCUUGGUAGAGAGGAAGAAGAAGGGUUUGGCAAUAAUGAAGAAGCUUUUCUUUCGGUUUUCCGUUUUAAUCAAUGAAGAAGAUGCUCUUCAAAUACUGAGCUGCUGUUGUUUGUAUAUAUUAGUAGAGCCAGAGAGAGUCAUCUAGUGUUUUAUUUUAUAAGUUAACCAACUGACUAUUUUAUAAGUAUUUCCCACUUCAAUUAUCUUUUUAUU